CGUCGCUUUUCUCGUUAUUGAGUUUCUCUACUGAAAAACAAUUAAUUUAUUUAUAAACCCACUCUGUACAGUUGGAUUAAAGUUCAAGAUAUUAAUAACCAGGUAAAAUGAGUGCCAUUGCUCAGCAAGAGUGCCUGGUGAAGGAGAGUUUAUUUCAGUUUAUUAAUAAAAACAUCCCUUCUGCGGACGUCAGUGUUAUAGACGACAUAGUGCUCGCAUACGUUAUUUCCAUUCUGGAAGAAGCUUCCCAGGACCCAUGCUUUGAUUUGGAUGGUUUCAUAGAAAUGAUGGCAGCAUACAUCCCCAAGUUUGCAAGCAUUGAUUCAAGCCUGGUUUGCUCCUGGGUCCUCGAGUUGGAAGCUGAGCUGUCACGCCGUGAUGUUUCCGAUACUUUGUCUAAUCACGACGCCUCUACCGAAAGUGAUAGAAUCACCGUCACUCUGCAGACUCUGAAUGAGAUGUUGCCAUCCAUUACGAAGAACAAUCGUUCUCACUCCAACUCGGAGAAUUCGGAGAGCUCUGAGAACACGGAGCGUCGUUCUCUCUUCGAGGAAGAAGAGCACCCGCAGGAAUGCCAGUUGCUGAUCGAGAUGUUUCCUAACACCUGCGCUAUGGAGAUAAAGCACUGCAUUUCCAUCGCUAACGGCGACGCCGAGCGCGCGGCGGCCACUCUGUUGCACCGCCGCGAGCAAGGCCAGGCUAUGUACGCCGCCGCCCUGCACGCUGCCGCUAGACAGCCCAAGAUCAACGACCAGGAGCUCAAGAGCCGCAUCAUCGCUCGUUAUUCGUACGUGGAUAAGAAUUCCGAGGCGAAGGAGCACCGCCCUCUGGCUCCCAAGAUCGAGCCCAAGAAGAUGGUGCGUUACCGGGACAACAAGAUCGUCUCGCUGAAGGGGGAGAGGUACACCGAGGUGCCGAAGUCAGGAGCCGACGAGGAACAGUUGAGGAAGCCGAAAAAACAGCAUUGCCCUUAACCAUUAAAACCACGUCAGUACGGUGGAAAAGCGGACCCGCGUGCCGCUUACAUUUUCCUUCUUAUCUUACUCGUCCUCUCCCUUGCGUGCCCUAGCUCAUGCGACAAACCGAAACACUCGCGCAAACACCCACAAAUACGCGCAAAUGCUCCGAGUACUCGCGAUUACCUGAACAUUAAACGCGCAUCAAAAAAUACGCGCGUAAUCUCGAGUGGAAUACGCGUAAAUGUUACACGUAUGCGAAUGCGAUUGGCUACACCAAAAAGUCUGACGUACGCUCACGAAUACCAACCCGGCACACGGCCAAAAUACGUGCAGGCGAUGCGUGUUUUAACACGCGAAUGCUUGUCUCAGAAACGCGCAACACUGUCAAAUUCGCAUAAAAACUUUGUUAAAGCUCACGUGAAAUUGACAACUUCUCGUGAUAACUUAAGUAACAUUAAAGUAUUUUUCGCGUGUUCGCGGAAACACUUAACUGUAGUAGAUAUAAGUCUAACGGAUUCGCGUAAACACCCAAUUUGGACCCGCGUUAUUAUUUUGAACGUCAGGGACAGAAAAACGAUUUGCCCAUUGACGUGGGCCACAAAGUCGGCGCGCAAUGUGCACGUGCGUUUCAGUUUUCGCAUUUUAGCUGUCACAGUUGAGGCUGGGCACGCAUUUUGUCGUGUUAGUGUUAGUGUAGUAAACGCGCGUGAUUCGCAAUUUUUUUACGCGGCGAUUUUUUUAACCGCUUUUUCCAGUACUGAUUUUUUGUAUGAGUUUACCGACUCGCCUCUGAUUAGGUGUGUUCAUAGUCAGUUAUUUAAUUUAGUUCGCGUAUUUAUCGCUAAGUUUAUAUUCACUUUAAGGCAGCUCAGUAUUAUUUUAACUAGCUAUACUAUGGCAUCAAAUUGUUGUAAACUAGGGAUGAAAAAAUGUGUUCAUUUUGAUAGGGAAUUAUUAGGGAAAAUAAAAUCGAGGUGGGAUGCCAUAGAUAGUUAUACACAGUUUAGUAUAACUUGCUACUUAGAUAGCGGUCCGCUAAACUGUCUCCCGGUUCAUGAGUCAGGAAUCGUGGGGCAUUUCAGUGCACCAAAAAAUCUAAUCACUAUUAUAGUUUUAAGUAAAACCUUUACACCUGUGAUUUUAAACUGUUAUAAUUUUAUUGAAAAUGUGAUUUUUAUAAUAGUUUGGUCGUUUCUAUACUCAUCUGUGAUUUCGAUGCCAUUGACUAUUAAAAUAGUUUACCCUAUAAGCGGUUGAAUUAUUAAAUUUAGGUUUUUAUUUUAAUCACUAUAUUAUUAUUAUUAUUAUUAUUAAUUAAUAGAAUUUAUUAUUAUUAUUUGUUACCAGUCUGCGAGUGCGCAUGAAACUGUGAUGAUUUUUUUUUAUUUUCGGAUAUUUGUUAGUGAUUUGAUAAAAGGUUUUUAUUUUUAUAAACUGAGUUUAAACAACUUUUUAUGAGUAUAUAUUUUGGUAAGAAACGUUUCUUAAAAUACUCAAGACGUUUUACAGAUAUCGAUAUAUAAAGUAACAGAUAAAAAAAAAUAACAUGACAGUUUAGUCCUAAGAUUUGUUGAGAACUUAUUAACAUCCGCUUACAACAUCAAAUCUAUCUGUAAUCUGUUGAUAAGUUGCCUAGCAAAAUUGUAUGGAUAUUUAUAGCAAAAACAACGAUGCUAUUUAUUUUAUAUCUUAAUUUAUCUUUAAAAAAACAUGCAAAAUUCUGUUACAAUAAAUGCCACAUAAACCACAGUUGCGUUUUACCGUCAAAUCUGUCAUUUCAUUCAACAUUAUGAAACAAGGUAAAGCUUUUAGUACAAAAUAUAAAAGAAAAUUAAAUUUGUACUUGUGGGUAGGCAAAUAAAUCGCAGCUCAAUAUUUACAUUGUAACAUACAGAAAGUACUCUAGGUAAUAAAUCUAUAGAUUACGGAUAGAUCGAAUAUCGAAAAUGGACAUUAGCAACCAAUACCGAGUUUAUAAAAUCACUAACAUUUAUCGCAAAUUUCUAGACUUUUCGAAUAGACUGAUCUAUUAAAGACGAUCUCAUUGAAUGAGAAUUUCAUCAUUGACGUAAAAUAAACAUUAAAACGUUGAGUAACAAUGUAAAUACAUACCCGAGCUGACAUUUCGAUUUUUUUACGACCUUACUGGCGCAGUGGUAAACAUCCGGGUUCGAUUUCUGACAGGGGCAAUUGUAUAUUUAUAAUUUUUGAAUUUUCUGGUCUGUUCUCGUGGGAGGUUUCGGCCUAGUUACACUACCGAUUAGCGUUUUAGCGUUCCGGUACCAUUUUACAAACCACCGGGUUCAAUAUAGCAGUCGUACCUCUAACAGGUUCGCCCGCUACCAUUUUAGACGGCAUCAUAAUUUAUGGAAGGUCCCCUUAAACUCUAAAUCCUACUUACUCUACUCUGAGAAAGGGGGCCGACUCCCAGUCGUGGGAUAGUCCUAGGCUUAACAUACAUAAAUUGCACUCCAAAAGCCAUAAGGUGUGUACUACAUAAGUAUUAUAAAUAGAUAAGCGAUGCAAGCAAACUAAAUUGCACUUUAUUGCUGCGCGCGAUGGUUCUUAUUACACUGAAUUGUUUUCACUGUCCCCAAUGAGAAAGCCGCUUGGUCGAUUGCUAGGGUUCUCUAAAAUAGAUUUGAUUUUAGACACACUUUUUCUUAUCCUAAUUGUAUUUGAGACCUGAAUACCUGAGAUUUUUAUGAAGUUAUACUCUAGUUUAGGUUAAUAAUGACGUGUUUUGACACUACAAGCGUCGGAGAUUCGAGUCACUUAAAACUUGUUGCCCAAUGGACCAGCGCAACAAGUUGCUUCUUCUACAUUAUCUGCUAUACUAAACUAUUGUCAGCGAAAGGAUAUCAUUAAUGCAAAAUUUUACCGUUAUUUUCUCUGUGACGAAAAUAAAUUAUUUCGUUUAAAAACACAGCAUAACCAUGCUUAGUUAUUAACGUAUUUUUUUUUAAAUUAAAUUAGCCAUUUUGAUUUUAAACCUUAAAGGAGGGCUUAACAAACUAUUUAUUAAUACUUUGGUUUUAUUUUACGUCAAUGGAGAUAGAUAGUAUUAUUUUUUCUAUUUAAUCUAUAUUCUUCUCUCGGCACAGCUGAGUUUAUACUCUGUAUUUAACUUUGAAUCUAUCUAACACCUCUGCUGUUUAAAAAUUAUAAAAAGACUAUUAUUAUAUAACAUACUAAUCGAAAUAUACGUGUCAAAUCUAUUUAUAUAAUAGAAUUUAAAAAUCAAAACGUACGUAUCUGAAAAACCAACUAUAAUGUAAAGUAUGGGACAACCCUGACAUAAUCAAUGAAAAACCUAUCGAUCUAAAAUGUUUAUCCAUUUUCAUGGCUAAUUGGAAAUAUAAAAUAGCAGAGGGUUAUUAUUUGACUUGAAAUUGUCGUUUCCUUAUUAUAAUUUUUUUUUAAAUUCGACAAAAAAAGCAAAGCCAAAAUUGGUGCUUUAA